UGGAAAGGAGGAAGGGCACUUGGCUAGACCUGGGAAGGAGCAGCUUUCCAUCCAGCUAUGUUCUCUGAAGUGGAAACCUUUGAGAUUAAUGAUCCAAAGCCCAAGAAGAGAAAUGGGUUGAACUGCUUCAUGGCCCUUGUCAUCGCCUACUUGAUUCUGCUCACGGUGGCCGCUGGGAUGCUGGUGAAGAAAGUUAUGAAUCUGCAGGAGCGGCUCUCAGACCUGGAGACUGACUUUCCCAAUGGAACACUGGAUGCCGAGGCGCUCUUGAUCCCGUCCAAGGAGAACUCGUACGGGUCCUUGCUGCAAUUGACUGGGCCCCACAAAUGGGGCCGUCUGGCCUCUGGGCUUCAAGUGUUGCAGGUCCAGCUCCUCCAGGUGCAAAGUCGGCAGGAGCAGAUGCUGCAGCAGGUGGACAAUUUCACACAGAACCCAGAGAUGUUCCGGAUCAAAGGUGAACGAGGAGCACCAGGCCCCCCUGGACCCCAAGGCCCUCCAGGACUCAAGGGAGCAACUGGAAGCAAAGGGGACAUGGGCCAGAAAGGAGACUUGGGGGCCAUGGGACGCCCCGGGCCCCAGGGGAGUAAAGGUGACUUAGGAAGUCAGGGUUUACCAGGUGUCCCUGGAGCUAAAGGACUCAAAGGAGAUCAAGGGGAACCCGGACCCAGGGGUCCUCCAGGUUCUCAAGGAGCAACAGGAUCUCCAGGCCCCAAGGGGAACCCUGGCAGCACUGGCCCUCAGGGGCUGAUAGGACCUCGAGGGAGUCCCGGGAGUCCAGGAGCAACAGGCCUGAAAGGAUGCAGAGGGGAUCCAGGACUUCAAGGACAGAAAGGAACAAAAGGAGAAGCUGGAAUUCCAGGCCCCUCAGGCGCAAAGGGAGAGAAGGGAACCCCCGGGCCAGCAGGUCCCAAGGGUGCUUCUGGACCAGCUGGCCAAAAGGGAGCACAAGGCAUGAAAGGAGAACCUGGAGAAAAAGGCCAACGAGUCACAACCUCAUCACUUGUCAGAAUUGUUGGCACUACCUCCCGAGGCAGAGCUGAGGUCUUUUAUAAUAACGUCUGGGGGACCAUUUGUGACGAUGACUGGGACAACGAUGAUGCCACUGUCUUUUGCCGCAUGCUGGGUUUUGCCUCAGGAAGAGCCAUUGUCAAUUUUGGAGGUGGCACCGGGCAGAUCUGGCUGGAUAAUGUGGCCUGCAGGGGGUCCGAGGCCAGCCUGUGGGACUGCAGGAAGAGUAACUGGGGCACUCACAACUGCCAGCACAGCGAGGAUGCCGGUGUGACCUGCAGCUGACCCUAGCAGCCUUCCAGGAUCUGUGAACGUCGACACUCAGCUUGCUCUGGGGAAGCCAGUGCUGAGCGAGGUGUCCCACGAGCGGCCGAGCCUCAGGGUGAAGAUCACUAAUAAAGCUCUACACACUGCACAGCCCUUGGCUGGGGCUGAA